UCAGCUUACAAGGAAGUCGAGUGCGCCGCCACUUGGUCCUUCUGCGCCAGCAGACCCCGAACCAGCAGCAAAUGGAUCACGAUGAGGCACCUCAGCCAGCACCGCGAACGUUCCUAAAGUCGCAGAUUGGAACCACCCACAGCAUACGUUCGGCGAAUCAUCCCACGGAGGAUUAUAAGCGGUGCCGAUUGUGCGCCGGUCAUCAUGCGCUCCGAGUGUGUCCAGCGUUCUUGGGCGUACAGCCACAGCAGCGCUUCUUACUGGCAAGGGCGCACAAGUACUGCACGAACUGCCUGGCGCUUUCGCAUCCGACCGCCCAGUGCACGUCCACUACCACCUGCCGCACUUGCUCCCUACAGCAUCAUACACUACUGCACCGGAAUGGUAUACCGGCAGCCCGCCGCACGAGGGCGAACUCCGUAGUGCCGCCCCCCAAACGCCUCGACCAGACAAACAAAAACGCUCCCCAACGUGGGGGAUCAAGGCGUACAUCACCGCCCUACAACCACACCCGACACCAUCCCACCAGCGGGAACCGUAAAGUGCGCUUCACGAGGAAGGGAUUCCAAACCGCUGGCUAUCGUAGCAAGGCUACCAAAAUUUUGGUCCACGAGGCAAUGAGGGCUCUACGGGAGCUGAAGGAUGCACUAGCCGCCUAACGCGGCCAGGGCCGGGAGGAUGGCUACGCGAGCACUGCAACACUUAUAUUUAAUUAACA